AUGGAUGCUCUUCUGGGUAUCGAAAAGAUUGACGAGAAUUUUCAUAAACACCUCUUCAUCCGACAUCUCCGCAAGAAGCUCGAGUCUGUUGUUUCCCCCAUCCUGAAUGCACAGAUCGCGUCCAAAUCAGGGCACGAAGGAUUCAUAGAUAAAAGCACGGGUACCUUUUGCGCCGAGCCCCAGGUCCCAAUGAUUGUCGAGAAGAUCAUGGGCUCGCCAGAGUAUACAAACCUUGUUGCUACGAUUGUCGAAGAGACAAAGAAAUCAGUCCAGGAUAUUCACCUGUCGCUUGGCGCCUCGCCCGGACUCGAAGAGAUUCGCGUGGCUGUGUCCAACAUGAGCUCCAGAAAGCCUGUGGAAGUCCGGCUCGCGGCCAUUCAGAAACUGGCCUCGUUCUCAUCGGUCGAUCUAUUAUCGGGAGAGUUGUGGAACGACUCCCGACCAGCACUGGAGGCGUCAAUUGGAGAUGCAGAUCCGAGGAUUGCAAUGCACGGCCUUCGGAUAUACGCCAGAGCGUUCAAAGCCGCACCACCGCCCAUGACAGGAGAGGUCUUUGUCAGUCUUAUCAACCAUCUGACGCAACUUAUUGAAAGCGGCCACACACCCAAGUUAUCCAAUGGGUUUGAUCUCGUCGAUCCAAAAAAUGAUUUGCUGCUCCGAAAGUUUCGUCUGCUCAACCAGUUCCAGCACGAGCUACCAUCGUGCUGGAACCGAUUUCCGGAAAGUCUGCUUACCGAGGUCAUCUGCGCCACGGUCCGCCUGCUCAAAGCCGGCAUCGGCGACACAGCCGCCGUGGGGUCCAAUGGCGUUGCUUCGUCAUCGAGCAUCCCAGCAAUGCCGGGCGCUGGAGCAACAAAGCUCCUGCCGGCGUCGGGAUCGAUACACGCCAUCCACUACCUUGCUUUGAUCGAUCCCAAAGCUGCAUGGUUCGAGAAAUGGAUGGCGUCUCAGUUUGGCAAGACUGCGACGAGCUCGGUGCUGAUCCAGGAGAACUUUGCGAGCAGCGUGGUGGGGCGGAUCUUUUUUGACUAUGCUGGAACCCUCACCAUCCAGCAAUUUCUGCCGAUCGAAAUGAUAAAGGCGGCCACUCAAGCGGAGGAUGUUUUAGUGAUGGACGUCGAGGCCAACGAAGAGAGCGACGGAAACGGCAAAACACUGUUCAGAGACGACUGGAACUACCUGGCCUUCCUUCACUCGACGGUGAUGCUCGCCAAAUUGGCGCAAUGCUUCAGUGGACGCCAGAGCUUUCCGUUCAAAUACGUCAAGAAGACACUUGCCAAGAACUCGGUGCUGGACUCGCUCUUCGAAGGCGACACAUCCCCAAUCGUACAAAUUGGCCUUCAAGUCUUCCUUCGGACACUGGUCCGCCUUAUGUGCUAUUGCCCGAGCAUUGAUUUGUCUGUCGCCUCGGAUCUGAUCGAGAGCAUGCACAAUCAGCACCAAGCCGAUCGAUACCACACAGUUUCCCCUUUGAACCUGUCGAAAUUCGUGUGUGGCAUACUGAACAGCCUGUUUUCCUGCCGUGCGCUAUGCAAAAGCCAUCUCCACAAGGAACAUACAUUGGAGGAUUUGGUGGCGCCGAUCAAAUUCAUUCUCGGUGAAAGUAAGAGAAAGCACCAAGAUCUCUCCCCAAAGGACAGCCACGAUCGGCAGCUGGUUUUGUUUCACAUAUCCGAGAACCUUUCAAGCAUUGCCGCGACAGACCUCGGACGCCAUCUUCUGCUGAGAGGAACACUAUCCAGGCCGGACUAUGUGUAUACGGUCGCGCAGGAACAUUCGCCGUCGCACACAUGCCACGGAUCCGCAUCCGUGCGAAGCAUCAUCCCGACAGUGGCGGAUUUUGUCCAACUUGGGCUGAAAGGCGAGAUCCGAUCGUUCUCGCCGAUCCCCCUGCGUCUCCUCGGGGCCUAUAUCUUCCUUCUCCGGCAGCUGUAUCGAACUUGCGAGGGGCUACUCUGGAUCGAGCGCUAUGGACUCCAUCGAACCCUUGCCGCCGAGAACCAGGACAUGUUCGUUCACGAUGAUAGUGCCCGAGUUGACUCCAUCAACAAAAGCCACAGCCGUCGGGACUGGCUAACCAUAUCGCUCGACAAUCUGCUCAACUUUGCGGGCUCGCCGCGCGGGGUGCUGCUGCUCCACCAAUCGGGCUCGAUGGACCCAUGCACGAGCUACAUGCUCCAUCGCUACCAGCAAAAGAUUCAAGUCAGCAAGUGCGAAAAAUUCGGAUACGGCGUCUUGGUCUCGCAAAUCUCGGUCACGCAGUCGGGGAUGCGUUCUCUGCUCAAGAACAACUUACCCGAAUGGCUCUUGCGCGAGCUACUUGAUCCAACACAGAUCGACACGGAAAGCCACAUCUGUCGCAAGAUCAUCAACAGCAUCGUCAAGGUGUUUUCAUCGUUCCCGGCCCUGUGUGCGGCGAUGGUCAAAGACUCGAUCCGAAAACGAGCGGACGACAAGUACUCGUGGUCGUAUCUGAUGAAGUAUGUUGCGCUCCUCGAGGAGCCACCUUUGGAUUUGAUAUUGCCGCAGGAAGAAUCGCAUCAGGUCAGUGAGCUUUUUAAGGAAGAAGGUGGAACGCUGGUUUCCAAAGAAAUCAACAUGGGUCUGUCGAUCCUCAAAGUUGCGAUUUCAUCGCUAGAUGCAUUUCUGCUGCUGCAGUCGACGUUCCACAUCCAGGAGCGCCUGCUGAGGCUCCAAAGACACAACCAAAUCGAUUCAGGAUUCAUCAUCGAUGCAAAUGCUCUGCUCCGUAACUCCAUCCUGGUAUCGACCUAUUUGACGGGCGGCCCGUCGGAGCGAGUGCUGCCGACAACAUCAACCAGCGACUUCCUGCGGAGCGAGCAUUUGACCUUCUUCUCCGAGUUUCCGGUCCCUGAGUGCUACAUCAAAACUCAGUACCCAGCAAAGUCGCAGCCGGGAUCCUCGGCACUGGAGGCGUUCAACAACAUCAUCGGACAGAACGUGACAGAUCCCAAGGGCUGGCUCGGCGAAUUGCAGAAAGCAUUCAUGUACAUCAUCAAGGACUGCGACGGGAGCAUCCCGGCAGAGUCAUUUGGCCUCUGCAUGACCAAACUCCUGGACACGAUCCAGUUGCUCGCGACCGAGGAUGCGGAGGCCCUUGGCUGGUUCCUGAUUCCCAGCCAAGGUUUUGCUGGACAAGCUGCGCAAAAGCCCAUAAGAUGCAGAGCCAUCGCGGCCAGUCAGCGAUCGCUGCCCAGCAACAUCCUGGGUGCCGAGGUGGCGAUCCGCUACGCAACUCGUCUCCUCGCCCACACCAGCAAGAACACUCUCCGGAAGGAAACGUUUUUGCAGGUCCUGUCGCAAACACACGAGUAUCUGUGCGAUGCCUUCCACCGCCACGACGAUGCAAAGGAGACGACCGGUGAAAGCGCCUCUGAGCCGACUGGGCUUGAGACCACUGCUUCGGCAAUAGGAUUCGAUUGGUUCAUGGCCACAAUCACGAUUGCCUUUCAUUUUCAGCCGCUGUCAAGCAUCUCGAUCCGAGACGAAACAGAUGGCCGUGCGGCAGAAGCUACCGCCUUCCUGGAAAACUAUGCCCAGUUCAUGCAUUCGAUGUACACCUGGUCGUUCCGGGCCAAGGUCGCGGAUAUGCACUCACGAAGCGAGGAUGGCGACAUUCCGCUGGUGUACUCGACCACAUGCCAUAUGAUCGAGACGAUCCUGGAACUGGAGCUGCCAAGAGUGUUUUCAGCCUUUGUCCUCAGCGGCUGCACGCCAUCGCAGAUUGCUAUGCGAUGGCUCCGUGAAGUCUUUUGGAACGUUCUAGACUUUCCCAAGAUCCUCAAGUACAUUGCUCUCUUCAUGAUCAACGGCAUCGACUAUCAGAUCUACUUUGUCAUCAGUCUGUUCAAGCAUCUUGAGCGCGGGAUCCUGGUGGCCACCCGGGAACAAGAAUUGCUGGCCUACUUGAGCGAGUUUCCGCUGGCACAUCCCCACGGAACGGCUCAUGCUUCCGAAGUCGUCGAAGAGGCUCAAGUCAAAGCCGAGAAGAUGGAUGGGUGGGCUGGAGAUGCAAGCGACUCCAACACCCAUGAGUUCAAGCUGGCCGAGUAUUUGUCGUUCAUGGAUCAGCUCAAGGCCAAGUACCGUGGGCUCGUCCUGACCCAGAUCCGGCGGGACUGGACCGAGUGCCGAGCGGACUGAGGAGCCAAGGGGCCAUCGGUCACUGCCACCUCUGGAAGCGGUUGCGACUUUAUCCCAAGAGGGCAGUGCUAUGACGGCAGCGAGCGUUAUGCGAGUCGCGAGUGGGGCAGAGGGAUUGCUUCGUGUGAUUGAGGGACUUUGUGCCCCGGGCGGGUGAGCUUCGACUGUGGCGGGGUAUAUCGGUUAGGCGAUCGGGGCGGUGGCGGUAGCGACAGUUGCAUUCAAGACACGCGUAUCGGGGGAUGUGUCGUCCUCGCGGUGUGGUUCGCACCGAGCACUUGCGAC